AUGACAUCUCUACGAAUUGGCUGGAUCGGCCUGGGGUCAAUGGGACUCCCCAUGGCAACAAACCUCCAGAAACACUUGAAGUCAAUAGGCGCCCCCAAUAUUCUUUACUACAAUCGAACUAUCUCUCGCGGUGAUUCUCUCAAGAGCCUUGCCGCUCAACCUGCUCCUUCACCAAAAGACCUCGUGACAAGUUGCGAUAUCAUCUUCCUAUCUCUCAGCGACGAUUCAGCUCUUGAGUCGACCCUCGAUUCAAUCAUCGACUCCGAAGGCCCUGAACAGUUCGCUGGAAAAGUUAUUGCGGAUACUUCAACCGUUCAUCCGGACUCUUCGGCCAAAGCUCAAGCUCGUUUGAAUGAGAAGGGCGCCAAAUUCAUCGCCUCACCCGUAUUUGGUGCAAGCCCUGUUGCGGCACAGGGAAAGCUUCUAUGGAUAGUUGCUGGCCCUGACGAUGCCGUCGAAAAGAUUAACCCGUACUUGGAGGGAGUCAUGGGAAGAGGUGUGAUUCGAGUUGGAGAAGAUGUGAGAGUGUCGAGUAAGAUGAAAACGGCUGGAAACUUUAUUACGGCUGGCAUGAUGGAAGUCGUGGCAGAAGCACAUGUCCUAGCAGAAAAGUCUGGUCUCGGAAGCAAGAAUCUCGAAGCCCUGGUAGAGCAACAAUACGGCCCUCUGGCACUUUCCAUGUCUCAACGACUCACUACUGGAGCUUACAUGCCAGCAAGAGGCGACCGGCCUUGGUCUGACCUGAAUCUGGCAAUUAAGGACGUCGGCCAUGGAAUUGCCCUUGCAGAACAAUCUGGAGCAAGAUUGGAGGUCGCUGAGGUUGCCAUCAAACAUCUGAAAGAUGCAAAGCAGUUCUCUGAAGUCGAGGGAAGGCCUCUUGAUUCUUCUUCCAUGUAUGGAAUACUCAGAAAGGAGGCCGGACUAUCCUUUGAAACAGAUCUGGUUAAGGAACGGGACGACAAGAAGUAA